AUGGUCUUAGAGGCUACCAUGCUCGUACUGGAUAAUUCCGAAUGGAUGCGAAAUGGCGAUUACACUCCAACUCGACUCGAAGCUCAAAAGGACGCCGUCACUCUCCUCUUCAAUGCUAAAACACAAUCAAAUCCUGAAAAUACCGUUGGAUUGAUGACUAUGGCUGCAAAAGGACCAGAAGUACUCGUGACGCUAACAUCAGACAUUGGCAAAGUCCUCACUGCCUUACACCACAUUAAGAUGGGCUCUUCAGCUAAUCUGAAUACUGGUGUCCAAAUCGCUACUUUGGCAUUGAAACAUCGACAAAACAAAAACCAAAGGCAGCGAGUCAUUGUAUUUGUAGGCAGCCCAGUCGCUGAAGAUGAAGCUACAUUGGUCAAAUUGGGCAAGAAAUUAAAAAAGAACAAUGUUGCUGUGGAUAUCGUCAAUUUCGGUGAAGAGACGGAAAAUACGGCGAAAUUGGAGGCUUUUAUUGCGGCUGUUAAUUCUGGUGAUAACAGUCAUCUAGUCACAAUCCCACCAGGCCCACACAUACUAUCCGAUGUAUUGAUAACAUCUCCCAUCAUUUCUGGCGAAGACGGUGCACCGCCAGGUUUCGCCAACGCAGGCACAUACGAAUUCGGUGUAGAUCCAAACCUAGACCCAGAACUCGCUCUCGCAUUACGUAUCUCGCUUGAAGAAGAAAAGGCCAGACAAGAAGCUUCGUCAAAACCUGAUUCAUCUGCUGCUGGUAUCACGGCUGGUAGUGCAAGUGGAGGAGCAUCAACGAAAAUGGCUGUUGAUAAUGAGGAAUUGACUGGCGAUGAAGAUGCUGAAUUGGCUAGAGCUUUGGCCAUGUCUCUCGGUGGUGGUGGUGGUGGUAGUGCAGCAGGUGGAGGAGGAGAUGUUGUCAUGACUGAUUCGAAUGAGGAUGAUGAGUUGGCUCGUGCUUUGGCCAUGUCUAUGGAGGGUGCUUCGACUGGGAGUGCUGGUCUUGAUCUCUCUGGAUUGGACUUGGGUAGUCUACCAGGUGUGGAUCCAAAUGAUCCUAGAUUCAGAGCCAUGCAGGACAAGAGUAAAGACGCAGACAAGAAGAAUGACAAGAAAUAG